UCUGCUGUUAUAAGGCGGGUUUGCACUCCGUUUGCUCAGACCGUGGUCACUGCCGCCCGCCGCCCGCCGUUCGCUGCUCUCUCGACAGCCCGCCUCAAAUUAACCAUGAAGUCGACCCUGGUACUGCUGACGCUGGUGGCAAUGGCUGUGGCCAGACCUCAGUUCGGUAAUUUCGGCAAUAACUUCGGCAGCAACUUCGGCGGCUUCGGCAGGCAGCAACAGGGCGGAGCUCAGAGCCAGGUAUCCGGCCUGAAUUUCGGCAACCAGGGAGACCUCUCACUGACCGGUGGUCAGGCUCUGGCCAGUUCAAAUCAGGUAGGCUUUAAUGGCAUCAACGUCGGCUUGGACCAAUCGUUUGCCGUCCAGCACAGCUCCCGAGUCCCGGGCAUUCCCGGCUUUGGAAGGUUCACCGGAUAGACUGAAUGCGUCAACAGAGUGGAAGCAGUGCUACUGGGGGUCGCUGCGCAUCAGGGCGUCUCUACAGUGAGCCUAGAGUGUUGUCAAAGAAAGCCAAAAAGACGUCACAGAUCUUCGACCGUGUGUGUUGUCACGUUGUCCAGUGUGCAUUGUCUGUGACAAAAUGCCAUAGCAGCGUUGCUAUGUUUUUACGUGAAUCGUGAGCCACGAUGUCCAAAUCUUCAAGACAUAAAUGGUAUUGCAAUGCAAUGUGGAAUUCAAGCCGGUUGUGUUUACUGUCGACUUCUAUUCUUUCUUGCCGAUGUCGAAACCUAAAGCUUGACAAGAGUGCCUUUUCACUUGCCGCCAGCGAAACCAAUCCAUUGCUACACCGCCGUUUGUGUGAGGAACCGUGUUUAAAGUUGUCAUAUUAAUGUCAAGCUAAUACAAUCGUCCAUGAC